CGGCCGCCUCUCCCGCGCGGCCAGGGCAGCACGGACUAGGCUGCUCGUCCCCGUCUUCAGUCCCCCUCACAGUCCACCCUCCAGCCCCGCUCCGAAAGGGUCCAGUUAGAAGUCCCCUCUCCCCCUCUUCCCCAGAAGAGCCUCGGUCGGCCAGACUUUCAGGGGUGGAGGGUGCUGCGAGGAGGCCAGGCGCGCUUCCGCGCACGUGAAAUGCCCAGCAGCGUCUCCCAGACCAGCAACCCCCGACCCUCCAGUCUCCAUGUCUUAGACAAGCCAAAUUCGAGAGUUAUAUAAUUUCUAGUGCUGCUGUUUCUCUUGCCCGAGGAAACACUUCAUCGCGUGGAGGGUGCAGGACAUUUCGGUGCUCUUCUGUAUAAGAUCGGGGUGUGGGCAGGGGUGGCCAGCGGUGGCAGAGAAAUGCCUUUUCUGCAAAAGGAAGGUGGGUAGAUUGGAGAGAGAGACUGAGAAAAGGGUGGAUGUGGAAGCCAAACAGCUGCACUCCCAUUUAGGAUAUCGCGGACUAUUUGCAUAGUGUGUGAUCGCAUGCCUAAUACUACUACAGCGUUUCUGAAAACACCUUUGGGGUAAGGUUUGGUUUCUCCUCUCCAGCAGCCUCAGUGUUUUUCUUUGCCGGCUAGGGAGCUGCUUGGAUGCAAAGAGAUGGCAGGAUGUGAAUGACUCCAGUGUGAAGAAGUCGGCUUCGCCAACUCAUCCUGCAUCAAGUGCCCAUUGAAUAGCGCUGUCACUUUAACGUCUCCACGCCAAGGGAUUGUUUUCCUUCUUUGCCAUCCCCUCGGUUAAUACACGGGAGGAUCAGAAUCAGAGGGGCAUUAAGGAUCAAGCACUGGGGGCUUGGAGAGCACAGAAGAAAAAUAUCCAAGUGACAAGCUGGAUCCUGUUUUACUGAGGGGGUGAGAUCCGGAACCAUUAAACAGAAGGGGGCCUUUGCUUCUCUGUUCUGCCCCAGAAAACUGUUCAAACUCACACACCCUUUAAAAGACUAGAGUCAGACGUUCUUAAAAGUAUUUUUGAAGGAGAGAGUUUAAACUUUUUCCUUAGGAUUGAUGCUCUUUAUUACCAACCAUUUCUAUCAUGUAUAAAGACAACAAUCCUAAAAUUGGUUUGUGCCUUAAGUGAGUUAGUCAUUGAACAUCCAAAAGUAUUGCUGCCGGAAGAGAGAAGUUUUAACAACAUUUUCUAUGCAUACAAUAACUUUCUCAACUUUUAAAACAAGAGCACAUAUUUUACAAAUAUUGAAAAACUUAUUUUUUUUUCUCUGAACGCCGUGGGCACUGUAAAGUGUUUGGUUGUGGAAAAAUGCAUCGUUAUUUUUUUUAUUUGAAAUAGAGAAGACUCAGCCUGGAUAUAAAGGCUUAAGCGGGAAGUGGUUUGCAACAGUUAACCUGGCUCCACCUCAAUUCAGCUGGAUCAAGCAGAGUCUUGCAAAGAGAUCUCGAGUCCAGUGUCAGUGGAGAGACCCAAGAAUGCCAGUCAAGAAGAAAGAUACUGACCGAGCUUUGUCGUUACUGGAAGACUACUGCAAAAAAUUGAGAAAACCCGAGGAGCAGCUGUUGAAAAAUGCUGUCCAAAGGGUGAUGAGUGUUUUUAAGAGCAGCUUAUUUCAAGCCUUGCUGGAUAUUCAAGAAUUUUAUGAGGUGACAUUAUUAAAUUCUCAUAAAAGCUGUGAACAGAAGAUAGAAGAAGCCAACCAAGUUGCACAGAAAUGGGAGAAGACUCUCGUUCAUGAUCCAUGCCGUGAUGGUCUGCAAACAUCUGCAGAGCUUACAGAUUGUGGCGGACCAAAGGAAAAUAUUUCAUGUGUUGAGCAAAAUAAAGAAAACCAGUGUUUUGAGAAUGAACCUGAAGAAAAGGCAUGUGUCAAGUCCACGAUGGCAGGGAAGGCAUCUCAUGAUGGCAGGAGCUGGCAGCUGGAUGAUUGCAUUUUUAUCAAUGCACAAAAAUCAGAGAGAAAAAAGAGAGAACAGGAAAUAGGGCAAAACCAAGGCAAAUGUCCAGCCCAGAACUGUCCAGUGGAAGCUCCCACGUGGAUGCCUGUCCAUCAUUGUUCCAAGUAUCGCUACCAAGAUGAGGACGGGCCACACGAUCAUUCCUUACCUCGGCUAACUCAUGAAGUAAGAGGGCCAGAACUGGUGCACGUAUCGGAGAAGAACCUCUCGCAAAUAGAAAAUGUCCACGGAUACGUCCUACAGUCUCAUAUCUCUCCCCUGAAGGCUAGCCCUGCUCCUAUAAUUGUCAACACAGAUACUUUGGACACUAUUCCUUAUGUCAAUGGAACAGAAAUUGAAUAUGAAUUUGAAGAAAUUACAUUGGAGAGGGGAAAUUCUGGCCUGGGAUUCAGUAUUGCUGGAGGGACAGAUAAUCCCCACAUUGGAGAUGACCCUGGCAUAUUUAUUACGAAGAUUAUUCCGGGAGGUGCUGCAGCAGAGGACGGGAGACUCAGGGUCAAUGAUUGUAUCUUGCGGGUGAAUGAGGUUGACGUGUCAGAGGUUUCCCACAGUAAAGCGGUGGAGGCCCUCAAAGAAGCGGGCUCGAUUGUGCGGCUGUAUGUGCGGAGAAGGCGACCCAUUUUGGAGACUGUCGUGGAAAUCAAGCUUUUCAAGGGCCCGAAAGGUUUAGGCUUCAGUAUUGCUGGAGGGGUGGGGAACCAGCACAUUCCUGGAGACAACAGCAUUUAUGUAACCAAAAUUAUAGACGGUGGAGCUGCACAGAAGGACGGAAGGUUGCAAGUAGGAGACAGACUACUAAUGGUAAACAACUAUAGUUUAGAAGAAGUGACCCAUGAGGAGGCUGUAGCGAUACUGAAGAACACAUCCGAUGUGGUUUAUCUAAAAGUUGGCAAGCCCACCACCAUUUAUAUGACUGAUCCUUAUGGCCCACCUGACAUUACCCACUCUUAUUCUCCACCGAUGGAUAAUCAUCUGCUGUCUGGUAACAAUGGCACAUUAGAAUACAAAACUUCCCUGCCGCCCAUCUCUCCAGGAAGGUACUCACCAAUUCCAAAGCACAUGCUGGUUGAAGAUGACUACACCAGGCCUCCGGAACCCGUUUACAGCACUGUGAACAAACUGUGUGAUAAGCCUGCUUCUCCCAGGCACUAUUCCCCUGUUGAGUGUGACAAAAGCUUCCUCCUCUCAGCUCCCUACCCCCACUACCAUCUAGGCCUGCUCCCUGAUUCUGACAUGACCAGUCAUUCCCAACACAGCACCACAACUCGGCAGCCUUCGGUGACUCUGCAACGGGCCAUCUCCCUAGAAGGGGAGCCCCGCAAGGUAGUCCUUCACAAAGGCUCCACUGGCCUGGGCUUCAACAUUGUGGGCGGGGAAGAUGGAGAAGGUAUUUUUGUAUCCUUCAUUCUGGCCGGUGGACCAGCAGACCUGAGUGGGGAGCUCCAGAGAGGAGACCAGAUCUUAUCGGUGAACGGCAUCGAUCUCCGUGGAGCCUCCCAUGAGCAGGCAGCUGCGGCACUGAAGGGGGCUGGGCAGACGGUGACAAUCAUAGCACAAUACCAACCUGAAGAUUACGCCCGAUUUGAGGCCAAAAUCCAUGACCUACGCGAGCAGAUGAUGAACCACAGCAUGAGCUCCGGGUCCGGGUCCCUUCGCACCAAUCAGAAACGCUCCCUGUAUGUCAGAGCCAUGUUUGACUAUGACAAGAGCAAAGACAGCGGGCUGCCUAGCCAAGGACUUAGUUUUAAAUACGGAGACAUCCUCCAUGUCAUCAACGCUUCUGAUGAUGAGUGGUGGCAGGCCAGAAGGGUCAUACUAGAUGGGGACAGUGAGGAGAUGGGCGUCAUUCCCAGCAAACGGAGAGUGGAAAGAAAGGAGCGUGCCCGGUUGAAGACAGUGAAGUUCAAUGCAAAACCUGGCGUGAUUGACUCGAAAGGGUCAUUCAAUGACAAGCGUAAAAAGAGCUUCAUCUUUUCACGAAAAUUCCCAUUCUACAAGAACAAGGAGCAGAGUGAGCAGGAAACCAGUGAUCCUGAACAACACGUCUCCUCUAAUGCCAGCGAUAGCGAAAGUAGCUGCCGAGGACAAGAAGAUCUCAUUCUCUCCUAUGAACCUGUCACAAGGCAGGAAAUCAGCUACACCCGGCCAGUGAUUAUCCUGGGCCCCAUGAAGGAUCGAAUCAAUGAUGACUUGAUAUCUGAAUUUCCUGAUAAAUUUGGCUCCUGCGUGCCCCAUACUACAAGGCCAAAGCGUGACUACGAAGUUGACGGCAGAGACUAUCAUUUUGUCAUUUCUCGAGAGCAAAUGGAGAAGGACAUUCAAGAGCACAAAUUUAUCGAAGCUGGCCAGUACAACGACAAUUUAUAUGGAACCAGUGUGCAGUCUGUGAGAUUUGUAGCAGAAAGGGGCAAGCACUGUAUACUUGACGUGUCAGGAAACGCGAUUAAACGGUUACAAGUGGCCCAGCUCUAUCCCAUCGCCAUCUUCAUAAAGCCCAGGUCCCUGGAGCCUCUGAUGGAGAUGAAUAAGCGUCUAACAGAGGAACAAGCAAAGAAAACCUAUGACCGGGCAAUUAAACUAGAACAAGAAUUUGGAGAAUAUUUUACAGCUAUUGUCCAAGGAGACACCUUAGAAGAUAUAUAUAACCAAUGCAAGCUUGUUAUUGAAGAGCAGUCUGGGCCUUUCGUCUGGAUUCCCUCAAAGGAGAAGUUAUAAAUUAGCUCCUGCACCUCUGACAACGGCAGAAGAGCAUUUAGAAGAACAAAAUAUAUAUAAUAUAAUACUUGGAGGCUUUUAUGUUUUUGUUGCAUUUAUGUUUUUGCAGUCAAUGUGAAUCCUUAUGAAUGUACAACACACUGUGUGAAGCCAUGAAGGAAACAGAGGGGCCAAAGGGUGGGACGGAAAAGACAUUGCAGGAAGGCUUUGGUUUGCUCAAAGUACCAGGUGUAGGGAUGAACCUCCGGCGGGCUCUCUGCCCUAGAGAUGGGCAGCCUUCUCACCCCAGCAGAUGUGCAGAGCUGAUUUAGCUGCAGAGCUCUCUGUGGUUUUUGCUUUAAGAAAAGUUGCCAGCACUCGAACCUCACCAACCUCCCCCCUUACCCACACCUCUGUAAUUGGUACACUUUGAAUUUUAUAACUAUGCACAUCCUUUGAUUUCUUAACAAGCAAAGGAAAUAAGGAAACCAGAAAGAGUCCCUUUGGAGGAGACGUACUACCAGGGGAGGCGAUGGCUUAGUUUCCUUGGCUGGCGUGUGCAAAGACAAGCGUGUCGUAAACCGGGCAGCGGGUGUGCAGGGCUGACCUUGCCGAGGAGGGGAUUCCACCUGGACUAGCUUUAUGAUUGUCGAUUUUGCCAUUUAUAAGCUGAAAGAUGGCACUAACGAUGAGAAUAAUUUAUACAAUAAAAUAUAUUAAAUGUAUAGAAAUGAAUUUCUAUAGGUUAAAAGUUUUGUGAAAUAUUUUGUAAAGAUGAAGAAAACCAUUGAAAGACUAGAUGUACGUACUCUCAGCGGAUGAUCAAAUUUGAAAAUUUGAGGUCGCACUCUCCCCUUUUGUUGCCAGUGACCCAUUCAGAGCAUCAGCGUUCCCCCCAGGUCUGCCUAAGACUCCUUCCUCACCCACCUCCUCAUCCCCAUCCCACUCACACGCUAGUGAUACGCUCUUAUGGGACACAUCCCUUAAUAGUUACCCUCAUGAUAUUUUUGGAAGAGAUAUUUUUCUGUUACUUUUUUUAAAGCCAAUUGCUUUUCAGAGAUAAACUCACACAGAUAAUCAAAAGGGGACGAUUGCUUUUCUCCAGUUAAAUAGCCUGAGCCAACCAUGUAGAUAGUCAAAUUCAACUUUUGUUCCUAGUCGCUUGCAUACAGUUCAAGAACCAUUCAGUAUUCCGGCAAACCAGAAGUCAUUAGGAUUAUCUUUUCUUUGUUUCACAGAGCAACUAGGUGUUUUGUAACAGCCCAGGUUGGCAUUGCAGGGGGAGACCUGUCCUAAGAUGCGCUAUUUCUCUGAGGAAGAGAAAAAAAGAGAAGUUAUCUGGUUGGGAGUGGUGAGGGAUGCACUUUCCUUGUUUAGUACAUAGGGCAAACCACAAGGCAAGGAUAGUUGAUGACUUUGAGCUCAACCAAUUGAACUGCCUUCCUUAGGGCUGCACCUGGACCAAGUUCAUUUUUCUAACAAUUAUGAUAAUGAUGAUUUGGGGGAUUAAAAAACCCUCCUGAAGCCUAUAAGCUGAAACAUAAGAGUUAGCUUCCCACUUUAGCACCAAUGGUGACGUCAGCACUGGUUCUGCCCAAGGUGUUCAGAGAGAGACUUUUUAAGUGUUAUUAAUAACUACUCAUACCUGGGUUCUCUACAUACCCAGGUUAAGCCCCAUCGCCUUAUUUCUGGGGUACAUCAAGACCUGGCAGGGAUUCUGCCACACUGUGCAGCCAACCAGCAUGUAGGCUGGAGGACAAGAACAAAAGACAGAGCCAUCAGAGUGAUGGGGCUUCUUCUAAGUUAGAACAUCGGGGCUUACAACUGAGUCUCUUUCCAAAAUCAAGGGUCGUUCAUACCAUUGUCUGCCUAGCUGCAGUCACCAGAACAAACAUUAAAAUAGCCUCUGCCUAUAUGGUCUUGGGGCUGCCUUUGCAGCUGUGCUUUUCUUUCCCCCUCUCAUAGGAGAGUUCGGUGUUCCAGAGAUAGCCUUUCGAGGGCUCACAAUGCGAAAUGAUGCUCCCAUGCCUGCCAAUCAUCAGUUUCAGGUCGAGGCCAACUUCCAUCAAGAUUGCUCUCCGGAGUUCUCUGCCACUAGAAUGCCAUUCCUGAUCCCAGCUCUCUUUAUAGGCCACCACGAUAACUUCUUUGGUUUCUCCACUGAGCAUGCAACCACUUUAACCUUAGAGGACUGUCAUUAACGAGUAGAUGUUUUCUCCAGUUGUGCGGUGUGCUUUCCAUUUGAUAGUAUUGCUGUGGCUGAGUACAAUCAAAUUGAACCACAAACCAUUGGUUUUGUAGUAAUAUAAUUAUUUAUUUUCCCAGUGUAGAUGCUUCCAGAUUAGCAUUAGCACUGAUUUUUUAUGUAGAUUUAUAUAAAUAUAUAUAUACAUAUAUAUUUGCUUGAAGACUCGCCAAGCACCUUGGUGAGAGGGUCUUUCCUAUAGAAUUCACUCAUCCAUUUUGUUGUGUUGUCUUGCGCUUCCCAAUGUUGAGGUCUCUAUGGCUCCAAGGAACUGGUGUAUUUUGCAGCAAAUCAAACAUCUAUGAAAAUGGCAUGAAAGUCACCCAGAUCCCAUCUGGUGCAAAUGCGCCUGGAGCCUUGGGCCAGACUGGUGCUAACACUGCAAACUUUGUCCGGAGCUCUCCCCAAUCUGAAGGCUCACGGGGGGCACAGUGUCACCUUCUCAUGCUGGGCCCUUUCGGAAAAGUGCCAGAUCGCGUCACUGGUGCUAUUUUUCAUGCUCUGGUACAAUGUGUAGCACCAUGGGGGUCUCAGCUUUACCAAAACUGAAAUCUCACCUGUCAGCCAAUUAUCGCUGAGGCAUUCAUUCGCUUAUCGCUCUUUUCCAUGAGAGUUGACGGCCUACUCUUGGAAGGCCUUUUCUCCCGGACCCAAAUUCAGGGGGUUGGCUCUAUCCACUUGGCAAGCCCAUCUAGAUGAAGCUGCACUCAGAAGCCUCUGUGAGCUGUCUUAGAUCCUACUGCCAGCCCUUCAGGACGCAGCCAGGGAUGCUCUACCCACCUCUGGCGCUCACCUGUUCCUUCCCCUCAUUUUAUCUACGGCUUUCCUUCUCUCAUCGCCUCUUCUAUCCUUCCUGGGUUGUGGGCCUUGCCCCUCCUCUCUCCCCUUUCUUUCCCGGUCCAUCUCUUCUUCACCGCCAUCUCCUGCUUCCCUUUGUAUCCCUUCCUCCCAAGCUCCUCCUCCCUCUUCUCGCCUCGCACCGAUUGCUGCAACCCACACCCUCAAUUUCCCUGUCCUCUAAAGGGCUCAGGCUGAUUCAGACAGCAAGUCCACGCAAUGGACUAACAACGCAAAUCCUUGGGGUCACCAUUUUACUUACUCAGCCCAGAAAGCAAAGCUGAGUGUGAGGCCCUGACCUGGAGACAGCCUGCACCACUGCCCUGGCAGUGCUGAUGCAAGAGCUGCGGGCCCCUGGCACCCGGAAGCCUCUGCCUGGACCCCCCAGUCUCCAGGAACUCCCUCCCAGCCCCACCCAGGCUGAGGAUGCUUUCUUUUAACAGAGGCAAACUCUGGCCCCAACAACUACUGUCAUAAACCUCACUGAAGCCAUGACACCGCCCUGUUUUGGAGAGAGAGAGAUUUCCCCUCCUUUCUUUUUUUCAUUUCCACCUGAAGCCCCUUCUGCUUUUCAGCUGGUGAUUGCUCUGGUGAGAUUGGAUGGAUAUGAACAUCUUCUUUACUGUCUUGGUCCUGCCUAAAAGUUUCUACAAAACGCAUUUAAGCCGAGGACUAAGACAAAAUUCCUAAAUUUAUUAUACUAAUGAGUCACUCACUCCUGGGGAGACAUCAGUUCCCUUAAAGCAUGUGGAGUGUCUCCUGUGACAACUGAGUCUCCAGGAAGCUCCGUAGAGAAUUCUGUGGGUAUGCAUCAGUUAAGAUGGUAGAUAAGGGAUGCAUACCGCGUAGACACGUUACAUGAGGUACAAUUCAACGUGGUUGGACACACAUUCACACUUCAAUCUGUAAAUAUCCUUCCUCACUGAAACCUGUGCUUCAGGAAUCCUUUCUUGUACAGCUGUGCAGCUUCUUGUAGCAGCUGAAGACAAGCUAAGGCAGGCAGAAAAUGUCGCCGACGAUCAGCUGAAGGAGUGCAGUAUCUCCCUCGCAGUUCAGGAGGCCAGACAGCCAAGUGGCCCGGUUGACUCCCACUGGGAUGGAAAACUUUUCUUCUUUUCAAAUUUGUGUUUCCUAAGUGUAUCUUACCUUCUGAGUGCACCAGGUUGUACCCGUUAGAUCCUUUUCCUAUGACAGUUUUUUGUGCUUCUCCCUGACAGGAUGUUUUCUCCACCGAGCUGUAAUGCGGGAGGGGAGGGGAGGGAGUUGGCGGAGAGGGACUUACUCCGGGCCUGGCUGGAGUUUACAGAGAUCCUGCACAGCUUAUACUCCUGUUAAGUGUAAAUAUUCAACACUUCCAUUCCAUUUGUGUAAAAAAAAAAAAUAAAGCACACACGUUAUAAAA